GUGUGGACGCCUGUGUCGGUGCGAGAGCAUCAUGGUGGCAUUUAAAGGAGUCUGGACUCAGCCCUUCUGGAAAGCUGUUUCAGCAGAAUUUUUGGCCACGCUCAUUUUUGUGCUCCUCAGCCUCGGCUCCACAAUCAACUGGGGGGGAGCCGAGAAGCCCCUGCCUGUAGACAUGGUCCUUAUCUCCCUCUGCUUUGGGCUCAGCAUCGCGACCAUGGUGCAGUGCUUCGGGCACAUCAGCGGAGGCCACAUUAACCCGGCCGUGACCGUGGCAAUGGUCUGCACGAGGAAGAUCAGCCUCGCCAAGUCCGUCUUCUACAUCCUCGCCCAGUGCCUGGGAGCCAUCGUGGGCGCAGGCGUCCUCUACCUCGUCACACCGCCCAGCGUGGUCGGAGGCCUGGGAGUCACUGCGGUACACAGGGAUCUUUCCGCUGGCCAUGGACUCCUGGUGGAGCUGAUAAUUACAUUCCAGCUGGUUUUUACUAUUUUUGCCAGCUGUGAUUCAAAGCGAAAUGAUGUCACUGGUUCAGUAGCUUUAGCAAUUGGAUUUUCUGUUGCAAUCGGACAUUUAUUUGCUAUCAAUUACACCGGUGCCAGCAUGAACCCUGCCCGCUCGUUCGGACCUGCUGUCAUCAUGGGGAGAUGGGAAAACCAAUGGGUCUAUUGGGCAGGACCCAUAAUAGGAGCCGUCCUUGCUGGUGCUCUCUAUGAGUACGUCUAUUGCCCAGACGUUGAACUCAAGCGCCGUUUUAAAGAUGUCUUCGGUAAGGCUACCCAGCCCUCCAAGGGGAAGUACACCGAGGUGGACGAUCACAGGAGCCACGUGGAGACCGAUGACCUGAUCCUGAAGCCUGGCAUAGUUCAUGUGAUUGAUAUCGACAGGGGUGAGGACAAGAAGGGAAGAGAUCCAUCCAGUGAGGUGUUGUCUUCUGUAUGACUAGCAAGAAGCACUGAAAGCAGAGAGCAGUCUGCUAGCAUGUCCACAGAUAUCCUUCCACCUAUUAAAGAAACAGAUCUCCUCUAGACUCAGCGUCUACCACUUCUUAAAAGGUAUGGUGCGGGCAGCUGCGUGGUAGUGGUGUCACCAAACCGCGUGCCUGCUCAGCUGGAAGAUUAGGACUUUGCUAUAAUUAGGAUUCCCCAUCUAUUAUUCCAAAUUAAGAGCUGUUCCUAGUAUUUUCCUUUCCUUCUUUCUGGAGCAACCCCAAAGUUAAAAAAAAAAGAAAAAGCGAUGAAAGCAAUUCUCCUUUAAUAAAUCAGUCAAUAAUGAGAUAGAGAUGUUUAACAUUCAGAUUGACAGUUAAGACGUAUCAGGAAAUGCCUAUAGACAUGAAGACCUACUUAUCAGAUUGUUCUUCUGACACUUAAUUGGCUGUUGUCAGCUCUGAUUAGAACCUCUUAUCCAUUAAGUGUUCUCUGCGAGGUCCAGGGACAGCACCAGCAGUAUUUAAGGGUUUUAUCCACAGUCAAGCAAAGGAGCAUUGUUUCCGCUCGCGUACAUCACUAUUGCCUUGCAAACUACCUCUGAAAAAAUGAUACUUUAAUAGGUUUUUUUAAAAAAAAUAAAAAUCCUAUCGACCCAUCAAAUUUACUUAUGUGAUUUGCUGUAUAAAUGUAUAACCUUCAGCCCUUCCUGAAAGUAAAUCUGCUGAAACUGACUGUUGAAGUCUGCUGUAAUAGGGCUGCAAAGCAUUUGGCUGUACUUCAUGCUCCCUCUUGCCGUUGUCUAGUGGGUGAGCCGUUCUCCUGGGCUUUGACUAUGGACCAUUUGGCGUUAGCAGACUCUCAAGGUCACGCGAGGAAUGUAAAGGCUUUCCUGUUACUUAAUAACUCAAAUACGAGAUACCAGAAGAAAAGAAGGCAUAUCUGUUUUCAGUGCACUUGUUCAAAUACACAUUUCUGUGCUAAUUUAUGUAAACUAAAGGUUUAAAUUACUUACCUACUU